AUGCCGCGCUUGGCUGUUGUCGGUGCUGCCUGUAACUAUCCUGGCUCGCAGAGUCUGAAAGAAUUGUGGGAAAAUGUGUUGGCAUCGCGUCGUCAGUUUCGUGACGUGCCUGACGAGCGCCUUCCUCUGGGCGAUUACGGUGCUCCCGAGGGUGGCAAUGGCGAAGGCGAGUUCAACGAGUACGAUCCGGACUGGAAGGACAAGACUACCGCAAAGUAUGCCGCCGUCCUCGAUGGUGUCUCGGUCAAUGCUCGCGAGUGGCGGGCGAACAAGGCCAAGGUCGCAUCGACCGACGUUGUCCACUGGCUCGCGCUGCAGGUUGCCGCUUCCGCCCUCGACUCGGUUGAUCUCCCUGCAAAGCUCAACGAGGGCUUUGGCGUCAUUGUCGGCAACACCCUGACCGGCGAGACCUCGCGGGCGUCACUCAUGCGCCUUAGAUGGCCCUUUGUGGAGCGCGAGCUCCGCGAGACCGCGGCCGGCCAAGGUCUCGCCCCCGAAGCCAUCGACGCACUCGUUUCCGGGCUUAAGACCCGCUACAAGGCUGCGUUUGCCGAGACCACCGAGGAUACCCUUGCCGGCGCUCUUUCCAACACCAUUGCCGGCCAUGUCUCCAAGCACUACGGCCUGCAAGGCUGCGCAUACACAGUCGAUGGCGCGUGCGCCUCGUCUGCGCUCGCUGUCGCCGUCGCUGCAGACCAGCUUGCUGCCGGAAAUCUCGACGUUGCCCUCGUCGGCGGCGUCGACAUCUCGCUGGAUCCGCUCGAGCUCGUCGGCUUCUCACGCGCAGGCGCGCUAUCGUCCACAGACAUGAACGUCUAUGGCGCUGCCGCAGACGGCUUCUUCCCUGGCGAGGGCUGCGGCUUUGUGGUCAUCAUGCGCGCAGACGAUGCUACUGAUCUGGGACUCCCCAUCCUUUCCUUCCUCGACGGAUGGGGCAUCUCAGCCGACGGCUACGAGGGCAUCAUGCGUCCGUUCCUUGAUGGCCAGGCUCUCGCCAUCUCGCGCGCUUACGCUCGAGCAAGCUUUGAUCCGCGUGACACCCACUUUGUCGAGGGCCACGGGACCGGUACCCCAACCGGCGACCCCAUCGAGCUCGGCGCCAUCCACAAGGUCUUAGCUGCGGCCACGGCCGAUGCCGGCGAGCCGGCUGUCGAGCCAGCCUGCAUUGGCGUGACCUCAAUCAAAUCCAUCAUUGGUCACACCAAGGCUGCGUCGGGCAUUGCUGCAUUCCUCAAGGCCGUCCUCGGCGUCAACCAGCGGGUCAUCCCACCUAUGGCCGGCAUCCAGCUCGACUCGGUUGCGCCAGCUCUCGCCAAGCUCCCCGGCGUGUAUCCAGUCAUCCACGGCCGCGCGCUUGCUCUUGACACCGACAUGCAUGCCGCGUCAUCGUCGAUGGGCUUUGGCGGCAUCAACGUCCACCUCAUCGUCUCAUCCACCGCUGCCUCGCCGCCGCUUCAGCUACUCGGCGGUCCCGAUCACCUCGCCCGUGAGCGCUAUCUUGCCUCGGCCCAGGAUGCUGAACUCCUUGUCUUUAACGCGCCCUCGCUCACUGGCCUCCUUGCCGAACUCACCGAAGCCGCUGACAUCCUCUCGCGCGCCUCCUGGGCCGAGGUCGCCGACUACGCCGCCCAUCUUGCCGCGGCGGCGGCCGCAUCUGAUGCCGACCUCUGUGCAGCCACUGUCGCUGCCGUUGUCACCUCGCUCGCCCAUGCCCAGAGCCUCGUUGCAGACGCCAUCGCUGCUGCCUCAGACGCCUUGGCUCUCGCUCCGGUCGUGCUGCCCGAGAGCCUCUAUGCCUCGUUUGCGCCGUCGUGGAAGGCUGCCGACCCCGAGCUCGUCUGGGUCUGCGCUGGCCAGGGCACGCAGCGGGCGGGCAUGGCCCUCCAGCUCUGCCGCCGCUUCUCUGCUACUCAUCGCGCAGAGCUGCUCGGCAUUGAUCCCAACUCAGAGCUGGCUGCUGAGGUCGAGGCAGUUGUCACUGCCGCGCUCGACGUUCAUCUCCCUGUACUUGCCGCCCCGCAUCCUCAGCUCUUGGCCACGCUCAAAGACGACGCCCAGCGCGUUCUCGCUGUGACUGAAGCCCUGUGGAUUGGCCUACUUCGCCGCUGCGGCGUGCCGUGCGGCGCCGUCGCCGGCCACUCACUAGGUGACGUCAUCGCGCUAUACGCUGCCGGCGUCUUUGAUUUUGCCACUUUGUGGCAAGUGGUCGACGCGCGCGCGCGCGCGUUUGCUAGCGCGCCGAGUGGUGGAAUGGCGGUCAUGCGCGGAUCAGCUGACGCUGCUGCCGCACUUCUGGCAAGCGUUCCCACCGGCAACCAGCUGGUCGUCGCCAACAUCAACGCGCCCGACCGCAUCGUCCUUGCGGGGCCACCAGACGCCAUCGCCACCGCUGUGGCCGCCGGGGCCGACGCAGGGCUCCCGGGCGCGGUCCUUGCCUCGGUCUCUGCCCCGUUCCACACCCCAAGCAUGGCCGACGUCGCCGCAUCAUUUGAGGCUGCGCUGCUCGCCAUCCUCGAGGAGACCACGCUUGCCAAACCCAGCGUGCCGGUCUACUCCUCGUGCCGCGGUGGCGAGCUUGAGCUCUCCGCCAUGGCGUCCCCGGCCGCCCUCGCCACAUACCUUGCUCAGUGCGUGGCGUCACCGGUCGACUACGUCGGUGUUGUCGCCGCCGCCACCGCUGCUGGCCACAAGCUCGGUAUCGAGAUCGGGUCGUACACCCACGACAUGACCCGAAUGACCCGUCGCUGUGGCGACGCCCUGAAGCUGCUCCCGGUUGAGGCUCGCCCGGGUUGCUUUGGUGCUUUCCUUGACCUGGUCGCCCGCUCCGUGGCGGCGGCGCCGGCGACGCUUGCCCUCCAUCCGCUCUUUGACCACCGCUUUGUGCGCGAGUGGGUCGACCCGCGGUCAAGGACGUUCAUCGUCAACCCAUGUGAGUCGCCGAUCUACGGCCCGCCACUGCAAGACGCCACCAAGCUCCGCUCGCGAGUUGCUACCGUCUCAGCCUCUAUCCGCGACAGAGGCGCAAGUGCUGCCAACGACCGCGGCUCGGAUGUCCGUGCUGCCGCGCGUCGCGCCGCAGCCCGCCGUAAGGACCACAAAGCCGCACGAUCCAAGACAAACUCCGGCAAGCCGAGGUCCAAGGCUGCGGUGGCGUUUGAGACCGCCGUCGUGCCUUCGCUCGCCACGGCGGGUGAUGCCGCAACCAACGAGGCGCUUGCAAAGUACCUUGCGGUCCGUGGCAAGUACCUUGCCUCGCUCAUCGAAGCUGACAUGCGCAAGGGCGGCGUCCAGGCCGCCAUCGAGGCCGCCGACGCCGCCGCCGAGGCCAAGCGUCAGCAACGCAUCCGCGCCAUGUCUGUGGCAGCCACCGCUGCCGUCCUCACUGCCGAGCCGAGCAUGACUGCUGCCCUCGUCCUGGAGGUUGUUGUGGAUCUGGCCUCCGAGGCUGCGUCCUUUGCCGCCGCGCCCACCACCCAGCUGCUCGAGCUCUACCUCGAUUCAAUCAAGUCGGUCCGGUUCAUCACCGACAUUGCGGUUGCCCUCGGCCUCGACGCCUCGCUUGUCAACCCGACGUCGCCCGAUUGGCAGAAACCGAUGACGCUUGCCUCGCUCGCCAAGCGCAUGCAUAUCCUCUGUGAGUCAAGCGGUGGCGCUGGCCAGCGCGCUGGCCCGGCGUCAGGCGGCCUUGCAUCGGGCGCAAGCCAAUCGGUUUGGUCUUGGCUCGGCAUCUUUGACGAAAUGCCGCUCCCGCUCUUUCCCAACCCCGAUCCAAUCGCCUCGAUCGAGUCCGCCACGCUUGUUGUUCAUGUUGGCGACGACUCGGCUGCCGCCGCCCACAACGUGGCCAGUGGCUUGGGUCUUGCCGAGCCCACUAUCGUUAUUGACCUCGCCGCCGAUGCAGCCGCUGCGGCUGCGGCUGCUGCGGCUGCGUCCUAUCUCAUUGUCGUAGCCCCACAGAUACCGGACCCCGCAACUUCUGCUGGUGCUGCGGUGACGGCAACUGCGACGGUGAUGGCGACGCUCGGUCGCCUCGUCCGUGCUGUUGGCGAUGUGUGGAGGAUGGAGGACCGCUGCGGUGGCCGGAUCAAUGAUGGCGGCAUUAUCUAUGUGCUGCAUGGUGACGGGCCUGUCCCACUCCGCGGCUUUGCCGCCUCGGCUCUCCUUGAGGCGGGCUCGUACGUCCCAGCAGCCGUUGUGACCUGCGAGCCGAGCCUGUCGCCAGCUGAUGCCGGGCGGUUCACUGCCGCUCUACUAACUCGCUGCCCGCUCGAGCCCAAGUUUGUCAUCGCCACCACGUCCGGCCCAGCUCCGGCCGACGGCAAGUCCUGGAUCGCCUUCCGUCAUCCGCGACCAUACUCCUUCGACUCUUCGCCACUCCUCCUCGAUGCCCCGGCUCUGGCGUCGUCGGCUGUGGCUGUUGCGCCAGUAUCGGAGGCAGCUGCCGUUGUCUCGUGGUGUGACGCGCUCGCCCGCGGCGGCGAUGCUCCGCGGUCGACUUUGGGUGCCGUCGUUGUCUCGGGUGGUGGUAAGGGCAUCACGGCCGAGUGCAUCUUCCGUGCUGCGGCCUACCUCUCGCUCACCAGGCUCGUUCUUGUUGGCACCUCGCCGGCCUCGCAUCCUCAGGUCACCGCUACGCUCGAGCGGAUGGCGCGAGUGCCUGGCCUGCAGGCGCGGUACUACGUCGCAGAUGUGACGGACCGCCCAUCAGUCGACGCCAUGCUUGAGGCGCUGAGUGCCGACGAGCCGUCAUGGGAGGUGGUCGGCCUUGUCCACGGUGCCGCGACCAACAAGCCAGCUGCCACCGACGAGCUGGGAUCGGGGGACGCCGCCGCGCGCGACAUGCAGGUCAAGGUCUGCGGCGCCGCGGUCCUCCUCGACGCGCUGCACACCUCACCGCGCGCUCGCGGCGAGCCCGGGCUGGAAUUUAUAGUCGGCCUCUCGUCGAUCAUUGCCGCCACUGGCAUGUUUUCGGCAGGCGUCUACGGCAGCGCCAAUCUGCUGAUGGAGCGCGUCUUUGGCUCGGUCGCCAGCUCGGUUCCAGUCGUCCUCAUCCGCUACGGCGUAUGGGAAGAGGUUGGCAUGGGCGCCCGCAUGGGCUCGGUCGAGUUUAUGGAGGCAUCAGGCAUGACGCCGCUGAGCGUCGAAGCCGGCUCGCGCGCCUUUGUCGAGCUACUCGCCGAAGCGCUUGUUGCUGACAAUCUAGCUGCACCGAUCGUUGCUGUUGUUGCCUCGCGCCUUGGCGGACUGGCCACCUGGUGCAACGGAUGGAACUGCUCCCAUCCGCGGGUCCGCAACGCCGCGGGUGCUUCGAUUCUCAGCAACGCACCGGCCUUUGACUCGGUCGCCGCGCUGGAGCCCAACCUCGAGCUGACGCUUGUCCGCAAAAUGAGCAUCCAAAAUGCCCGCUACCUAGCCGACCACUCGAUCGGCGGCUCUGUGGUGGUGCCAGCUGCGGUCGAGCUGGCGCUCUGUGUUCAGGCCGCCGCGGGGCUUCACGCCCCACUCCAUCCGCCGGCCAGCACCAAGCCGAGCUGGAAAGAUGUGAGCGCGGGCUCAAUUGUCUGCCGCGACUUUGCCUUUCCUCUCGCGCUCGACGUCCAUCGACGCCGCGGUGCCGUCGUGGCUGUCACCGCCGCCAACUGGACAGCAGCGCCCAGGCUGGAUGGCCAGGCACAUCCGUGGUCCGUCGUAUGGGUGCAAAACGAGUUUGGCAAGCUAACCGCCACCGGAUGCGUUGGUAUCGUGACCACUGACACCCUUGCUGACGGCGCCUUUGCGCGGUGCGCCGCGCCGCUCAAGCUCCUUGCUGACGCCCGCAGCUCAAGCCCGACGUACAUCGAUGUCAAGGCCGACAUCUAUGAGCCCGGCCUUCUCUUCCACACUAGCGUCUUUCGGCGCAUUAGCGCUAUCCGUGCCCUCAUGUGGGACGAGGCGGCUGGGCGCGGCCACGUCAUUGCCCGGGUCUCGCGCACGCCCGGCGGCGUUGACGACGUCAUGGCCACCCGCGAGUCACUCGGCGGUCUAGGGGAUCCGCUCUUCCGUGACGGUGUCAUCCAGUGCGCGCUGGCGAUCAUCCCGCAAGAGGUCUCGCUGCCGUCAUCGCUUUCAGCACUGUAUGUCCACCAAGCCGCGAGCUUCGCGCUGGCUGAUGCUGACGUCCUCGAUGUGGUACUCACGCUCACCCGCGAAUACAACGGCGUCUACGCCGCCAACGUCGUUGUCCACGGCAUUCAUUCGGUCAGUGGCGCCUCGAUGGUGGCCGAAGAGUGGUACGGCCUGAGAUACAAGGUUGUUCGCCACGAUCCGACGCGCCCGGCGGCAGCCGACCUUCUCGCGCCCAGCGCUCGUGACAACACCGUGCUGAACAAGACUAUGAGCGAAGCAGCCUUUGCCUUUGGUAUAGAGCUUCCCAAGCUCGCGGUCUGCGCCGCUGAGCUCCCGUUUCAGGCCGUCGGCAGGCCUGCCGGAGUGCAGGCUAUGAUCAAGACGGCGCGGCGCAAGGCCCAGGCUGAGAUGGUGACAGAUCUCGUUGGCAGUCAUGCCAAGCUCGGCCACAGCCCUACCGGCGCGCCACACCUGGUAUUGCGGUCGCCAGGAAGCUCGAAAGCCGAGACUGGGCUCUCGUUUUCGUACACUGAGCGAGUGCUGGCGGCGGCGUGUGACGAUGGCAGCGCUGGAUUUGGCUCCGCCGUCGGCAUCGACGUGGUGGCGCUCCGCGACGACGCGUCGCGCGUCACCGCCGCCAUGCUCCCACACAAGAGCCAUCGCAAGGUGGUGGUCUGGCUCACCUCGGGCGGAUAUGGCAAGGUGAGUGUAGAUAGCGCCCACGUGGCGCGGGCGCGAAUCUGGGCAGCGCUCGAGGCGGCGUUCAAAGCCCGUGGGCCGCUUGCUGAUGCAAGCCGCGGAUGGAGUGAUGCAAGCGUUGGUGUCCUCCGCCGCCGCGGCGAUGCAGUCCUGCUCUGGGUUGAGGGCCCGAACGGCGCCGGACGCGAAGGCAAGCACCUUGUUCUCACUCUCCCGCUACAGCUGACCCGAUCGGGUAAGAUUAUGACUGCUGUGACCGCGCGCGAAGCCGGCCUGGACACGCUCGGGCUGGUAGUGCCCGGGCCGCAGCUGGGGUGGAACCUCGGCAUUGCGCUCUCGCCCGAGCCCAGCAACUCGUCAGACAUCGCGUUCACCAUACGGCACCGCAUGGCGGUCUCAUUCCACGACACCGGCUCCGCAAGCGCCACGUUCCUCUUUGCGCGAUUGUACGACGUCAUCGGGCGGACGCGCGAGCUGUCGAUGCGGUACUCGCCCGAGGCUCUCUCCGAGGCUACCAGGUUUUCCGAGGGCGAGGUGGCGUCGGUGAGUGACUGGGUCCAUGUCGUGCGCGUUCGCGAGAUCGAGGUCAAGGACGUACUCCAGGUCGAGUUCCGAGCGGUGAGCGUGACCGAGGCGUCCGCCGUUUUCUCAAUCCGCAUGCUUGCCGGGCGCAGCGGGACCGAGUUUGUACCGGUUGCCUACGCCACGCUCGGUAUCUCAGCAGUGCGUGUUGAAGGCCGCGAGGCUGCGCGGACGCCAUGGACCGCGGCGUUUAUGCGGUUCUUGUGCGCCAUGGCGCCAAGAGUCUCGUACGCAGAAGCAUCGCAGGCGGUGUUCCGAUCGGUGCUUGAUGGCUCAGUCCUCGCGUCGCCGUCGUGGCACGGCGGCGUGGCGUGCCAGGCCGACUGGGGCGUCGACGAUGCCGAGUGGGCCGAGGCCAGGGCGGCGCCGGCGACCGAUCUUGGCGGGCAGAUUUGGGCCUCGUCCGAACGCGGUGGUGCAGUUGUCCACGUCUGGCAGCACACAACGGAUCGGAUGGCCAGUAACUUUGUGGGCAACGUGUACUUUGCCGAGUACGGAGCGUGGAUGGGCGCGGCGUGGGAGUCGCUCAUCCACGACGUCGAUGCCGCCGCCGAGGCCGCCGGCAGCCUCCGCGUCCACGAAUCCAACAUUGUGUACGAGGUCGAGUCGUUCCCGUUCGACUCGCUGUCGUGCGAGGUUGGCAUCGCCGCUGUUCAUGACACCGGCGUGGUCGUCGACUUUGUCUUUCGCCGCCCGGGCGUGGUUCUUGCCCGCGGCCGGCAGGUGUACUGCGGCGAGAUGGGGCCAGGCCUGCACAACGUGCUCGAUCGGGUGAUGGCUUCAGUUUAG